UGAUAAAUCUGCUGUAGUAUGUAAGUGCUGGAAUAUAUAAGAAACUACCGCCAUCAGCCUACGUAUGUGGUCACCCAGCGCAACCAACAAUCGUAUUCCUGGAAUCGCAUUUUCGCACAUAACUCGCGCCCCUUUAUUCACAUUAUUUGAUACAGUGUAUUUGACCCCCUAGGCUACCACCUACUACUACGUACAACAUCAAUGGCUACCGAUUCCAAAGUCGCUGAUGACAGCAGUACACCUCCUUCGUAUGACACAAUCUCAGCAAGUCCCAUUCAAUGCGAUCAAUCAUCUAUAUUUUCCUUUCGUCGCAUGAAGAAGAAACGUACAGCUGUUCUAUCCCGCAUCCGUGAUAUCGUCUUAGCCCCUAAUCUCAUCCUUUCUUCUGUGGUUCCAAAUGUCAAUGCCUGCGCUGCUGCUCUCCCAGCUACCGAAUUCUCCAAACUCCUGAAACAACUCAAUAUCGAGGGCCACACAGCACUGUAUUGGGCGAUUGUGAACAAUCGGCCACAAGCUCUUUGGGCAUUGCACGGUUUCAUUUCCGGCAUGAGUCCCUCUGUUUAUUCCGACUUGCGCAUUGCUUGCAUGAUAACCAACGACUAUACAAUGUUUAAGGAGCUCAAAUUUGGAAACUUAAGUGACAGGCGUUCGAGAUGCUUUUUAGGUUGUCUACCAGAUGAAGUCCAGGUACAUACAUGCGAUGAACCCACCAACCAGUUCGAUGUUGUUUUUCGAAUCAGGAUGUUCCAGAAACGCCUGCGCACUGCUACUGCCAAAAGUCUGCGCUUCGAAUUUGUCGCAGGGGGACGCAUAUGGUGGCUUCGCUUCUACAUAUUGGAGCCUAGCAAUGGAUUAUGCUGCGCCGAUAUUGGUCUCAGUCAGCAUAGCUAUCAAGUGCGUUUUGACGCUGUACUUUUAAUCGAGGCACAUAGCCGGAAACCUGAUCGUGCGGCCCCACCUGAAGCGCUGGAAAUUAUAUUAUCAAUAACAGGCACAGAAUUCCUGGCCCUUGUACCCUGGCAGUAGGUUGAAUUUGUUGUGACUCCAUGGAUUCUGGUGUGCUAACUGUCUUAUGUUCACAAUGAACUUUAUUCCUUGUGCUUCCGUUGAUGUCUACUAUAGAUCCCCCGAGGGCGUUGAAUUCAAGCCUCCUCCCAAAAUGACUUGGAACAUAUGGAAUGAGGUGGGCGAUUGGGUAUUGCACAAGUAAGUUUGUUUAUCAAUCGAGGAGGCCGCAUUUCGCACUUCUCCUUAA